CAACAAAAUAAAUAUAAAAAUAAAAGUUCAUUGUUUGUGCUGCUGGCAGAAUAACGUUAAUAGUCCCAACACGUCGGUGGUUUAUUUUUUUUUUAGUAGCCCGCAUUCACGAUUUGUGGAAGAAAAAAAAACGACUCACCAUCGAGUCUUUCCACGAAGAAAUAGGAACUCUCUGCCUGUAGAUGAACAACCACGGGAAUAAGAGGGCACCGACCACAGCCACCCAGAGACUAAAGCAGGACUACCUCAGGAUAAAGAAAGACCCUGUGCCUUACAUCUGUGCUGAACCCCUACCAUCCAACAUCCUCGAAUGGCACUAUGUUGUUCGAGGUCCUGAGAAAACCCCAUACGAAGGGGGAUAUUAUCAUGGCAAACUAAUAUUCCCUCGGGACUUCCCCUUUAAACCACCCAGCAUCUACAUGAUCACACCUAACGGGAGAUUUAAGUGUAACACACGGUUAUGCCUGUCCAUCACUGAUUUCCACCCGGACACGUGGAACCCAGCCUGGUCCGUCUCCACCAUCCUGACUGGUCUGCUCAGCUUCAUGGUGGAGAAAGGCCCUACUCUGGGCAGCAUCGAGACCUCUGACUACACUAAACGACAGCUGUCAGCCCAGAGCUUGGCUUUCAACCUAAAGGAGAAGGUUUUCUGUGAAUUGUUUCCUGAUGCCGUUGAUGAGAUAAAGCAGAAACAGAAGGCCCAGGAGGAGUUGAGUGCCCGUCCCCUCCCCCUCCCCGACGUGGUUCCUGACGGCGACCCUCAACACGGCAACUACGGAAUCCCCGCCCUCAACGGAGGCCACGGCCCUCUGGGCCCCGCUAACCCCGCCCCCGGCCUCCAGCAGGCCAAUCGGAACCACGGACUGCUGGGCGGCGCCUUGGCCAACCUGUUUGUGAUUGUAGGGUUCGCAGCGUUUGCCUACACGGUGAAGUACGUGCUGCGGAGCAUCGCCCAGGAGUGAGAGAGGAGAGAUGAAGGAGAGCAGAGGGUCAGCUACAGGACAAUUGUAUGAUUUAAACACAUUAUUGAUAGAAAUUCUGAGCCACCCCCCCGAAGGAGGGAUGAAGAAGCAGGGGCGGGGGGUUUAGGUGGGGAGGGGGGAGACUGGGACAGGGUUGUUUGGGAUCACGGUUGUUGAUCCACUCUGUGCUUUCGGUGGUUAUGACCUAAUACCAGGUGGUAGAAGAAGUGCUUGGCUCAUGGGUUGACCGCUGGCUCAGAACAUUUUUCAUUGUUCUUCUCUGCCUGUUUACUCUGAAGCCACUGUGUUGUUAGUGUUCCGUGUGCUAGAUACAUUUUCAAUCUAUUGUCACCGCCAUAUUGGUGGGUCCCUGUGGAAAGAAAAAAGAAAGAGAAAAAAAAAAAUAAUGUGGAUUUUUGGAACCAUGUUUUCAUUCUGCCUGUUUUCCAGUUCCACAAAGUAUGUCUUAAGUGGGGAUAGAUAGCCCUCUGUUGCCCGGGAAACAAGGUUCAGACUCACUUGGGGUAAGUGUUGCCCGGGAAACAAGGUUCAGACUCACUUGGGGUAAGUGUUGCCCGGGAAACAAGGUUCAGACUCACUUGGGGUAAGUGUUGCCCUUCUGUCCUGUGUCACCUUAGACAGGUAAGACGGACUCCACCCCCCCCCCAGAUGUCCUGAGAAACACACAGGAAGGAGUCUGUGUAAUAUAAUGUCAAUGAAACCCUGGCUUUUAAGUAAGAUCUGGGACACGUAGAGAUCUACCUUGAUGUAUUUGCUAAA